AACAAAACGAAGUCUUUACACCUGCUCCAGGAAGUUUCCUCCCUUUUAAAUACCUUCACUUUGUUCACGUCUCUAAAGUUUCUACACAACACCAGGGUGAUUCUUCUAGUGGUGGGAUUCCCUUCAACUUGACCAACAACAACCUGGGCAGUAGGUUUUUGUUGAUCCCAUAGCCAGGGGUCAGUCCUUGGCCAUGGGAUGGGUUCUAGAAUUGAGAUGAAAAGCCUGAACGCUCCUCAAGACGACGACAGCUGCAGCUCCAACAACAACGACUCUGACUUUCUCAAGAGGAUAACUCUCAAUGAGCAAUACCCUGAUGCAGAUCCAGAGAGUCAAAGCUUCCUCUCUGAUCAUAACCCAAGCAAGAAGAAGUAUGAAGCUGAAAAACACCAGGGCAGUGCCUCCUUCGGCAUGUCCGUCUUCAACCUGGGCAACGCCAUCAUGGGCAGCGGCAUCCUGGGUCUGUCCUUCGCCAUGGCCAACACCGGCAUCGCCCUGUUUGUGAUUCUCCUGGUUUCCGUUGCCAUUUUCUCCUUGUAUUCUGUCCACUUGUUGUUGAAGACAGCUGAUGAAGCAGGUGCUCUUGUUUACGAGUCACUGGGUCACAAAGCCUUUGGGAUCCCAGGCAAACUGGCUGCUUCCUGCUCCAUCACCAUGCAGUACUUUGGAGCCACGUCAAGUUACCUCUACAUUAUCAAAUAUGAACUCCCCAUUGUUAUUCAGUCCCUUACUGGAGCAAAUGAUGGUGAAUGGUUCAUCAAUGGAGAUUACCUUGUGAUUCUGGUCUCGAUUAUUAUUAUCUUACCUCUCACACUGCUCAGGAACUUGGGUUACCUUGGUUACACCAGUGGUCUCUCUCUGCUCUGCAUGGUGUUCUUUCUGAUUGUGGUGAUCAUUAAGAAGUUCCAGAUGCCAUGCCCUCUGCCUGUUCCUGACGCUGGAAAUGAAACCAUUCAUAUGUUCAACAUCACCCCCCACAACGUCAACUUCACUACAGAUAAUGACACUUGCCAGCCUAAAUCCUUUGUCUUCAACUCACAGACUCUCUAUGCUGUACCCAUCCUCACUUUUGCCUUUGUGGGCCAUCCUACUAUCCUACCCAUGUAUGAGGAGCUCAAAGACCGCUCACGCCGAAAGAUGCAGAAUGUGGCCAACGUUUCCUUCCUGGCCAUGUUCAUCAUGUACCUGCUGACCGCCCUCUUUGGAUACCUCACCUUCAACAUCCAUGUGGGACCUGAACUGCUCCACACCUACUCAAACUACUACAAGUACGAUAUUCUCCUGCUGGUUGUUCGCCUGGCUGUGUUGGCCGCUGUCACACUCACAGUUCCUGUGCUGCUCUUCCCUAUUCGUACCUCAGUCGGCCACCUGCUGUUCCCAGGAAAAGACUUCAGCUGGAUCCGUCACACUAUCAUCACCCUGAUCCUGCUAGCAGGAACCAACAUUCUGGCCAUCUUUGUUCCCAGCAUCAGAGAUAUUUUUGGCUUUAUUGGUGCCUUUGCUGCUACAAUGCUGAUCUUCAUCCUGCCCUCAGCUUUCUAUCUCAGACUGGUUAAGAAGGAGUCAUUCAAAUCCAGGCAGAAGAUUGGAGCUACGAUGUUCCUGAUAUUAGGAUUUAUUGUCAUGUUUGGCUGCAUGACUUUUAUAAUCUACGACUGGAUCGUGAACUCUAUGAACGACCAAGGUCACUGAGGCUCCAACUCUUUUGUUACUAGAGAGGAACUGAAUUUAUUUUCUUUUUUUAACUUUUAUUUUAAAGUUGUUGUUUUUUACUGUACCAAAUAUGUCCUAAAAAGCACAUAUUAUUAGUCUUUUUUCAUGUAAGUCAAACCGAUUUAAUAUUCCUCCUAAUGUCCUGUGACUGUCCACAGAGGUGCUAAGCUGUCAAGACACUAAAUGCUGCAGUUUAUGCAGUACUACAUGUAUAUUAAAAACAUUCAUAUCUUUUUAAUUCAACUUUUUUGAAAACAUUGUAAACAGAAAUAUUUUUGUAACGUCAAAUCAAUCAUUUUCUUAUGAGCGUUUGGUUUGAUGUAUUAUAUUCAAUGUAAAAAAAUUUUAAAUAAAAUGUAUUGAACCUC